AUGAGCUCGACCGCGGCCUCUGCUGCAUUUGCAGCGUUCAAAGGAACAACACAGCCAAUCCCAACCAAAUCGUCCAAACGAAAGCCACAACUACAUAUAAAGCUCGACUCCAAUGGCUCUCGAGCGGCCAAUGAUGGGAAGCCCAACGGCCUGAAUGCUCCUAAAUCAAAGAAUGCUCCUGCUGUGCUGGUGCCGCUCGAAUCGCCGGUAUUCAAUAUCAGGGGAGUGAAAGAUGACCAGGUCUCAGUCACUUCCGACCAGGAGUACUUCUAUAACAAUUCGGGAAACCAUUCUAUAUCAUCGCAUGAUGUCGCCAAUGUUGAGUCGUCUUCGCGGUCCAAGAUCAGCGUGAACACAAGACCCCAAGAUAUGCUCAGGCUGGUACGAGACUCUAUCAAUCUGAAGCUGAAAAUUGGCUUUGGCAAAGAUUCGGCACUCAAAAGUCAAAGCGCCUUGAACGACUUCCGUAAUUGUCUAGAACAACGCCGCCAAUUGGGUAAACGGAACGCUUCUCCUAAUGCUGCUGUCCACGUCCCUAUGAUCAACUCAACAAGAGAGGACUUAGCAAGACUGGCCUCUGCUAGUGCCUCAAAUGAUAAUAUAAUCGAGCGCCUCGAAACUCCGUAUCGUAGUGGUGAAACAGACUCAAUGUCCUCGUUUGGAUCGUUCGAGUCUGAAAGCAGGGACCAGCUCUUUGUUCCCCCAGUGCGGCCACGAACUGCUGUUGACGCGGGCAGUGACGAAGAUCUCCCGCGUAAAGCGAGCACCACCUCUCAAAAUGUGUCACCUAUCCAAGUGCCUCCCUCUCCGAACGCGUUGGCUAGAAGUCAUCCCGUCGCCAAUGAGGUUCCAAUCUUAUCUAUUCUGUCGGGUUACAUGAGCUCUGGCCUGGAUUUACCUGACAUUCCUGAGCACAAAUCCUUGGGAAGAAAGCCUCCCCCUGACCUCAUCCAAGUCAUCAACAAAGAUCGGAAAGAAUCGAUUUCGGACCUAUCCAUGAGCAGCGAUGUCGAGGACUCUAGCGGUAGGCCAGGAUUGAUAUUGGGAGGAGAUCUUCGCAAACUCAAUUUAAGCUCUGACGACUCGGGACCCAAGUUUUCCAACGACAGGCUGGGGCAGGAUCCUCAGCCCAACAAUUACCCCUUGAUAUCCAGAAAAGUUGUACCUACCGAGGCUGACACUGAUGAAUCAGAACAAGCCCAUGUUCCCAAUGUGACUAUCACACAAGCACAGCCUUUCAAACUCAAGACAACCCUCCGUAAAAUGAGUAAGAAACAAGAGAAGAAAACAAUGUUUAACGAGGACAAGCCAUGGAAGAACCACAGUGAUCUUGACAUUGUUUCAGAACAACAAAGAAAAAGGUAUGAGGGUCUAUGGGUCAGCAACAAGGGCUUGUACAUCAACAGGACUGUCACAAGAUUGGUCGGUGUCAACUACGAUAAAGAGAGCAAGGCUCAGAAACCUGAGGACAAGCGAGAGUUGAGCGAAAAAGAAGUCUCCGAGUGGGCUGCAAAACUCUCAUCUCGAGCCAAGUAUCAUGACACUGUUGAUGAGAAUGAUACACGCGAACUCCAUGGGCUAGAUGAGGCGGAAUCGCAAGAAUUGAUCCAUGGAAUUGUCGUGAAAAGGAUCUGGAAGCGGAGUCGAUUGCUGAAUGAUGUAUUGGCGUCCAUCUGGGAUUUGGUAGACUAUAGACGGGAUGGAACGCUCAACAAGGCUGAAUUCUUGGUCGGAAUGUGGCUUGUGGAUCAGUGCUUGUAUGGCCGCAAGCUUCCCAAAGCGGUGAGCAAUACUGUCUGGAACAGUUUGGGAAGUUUGGGCGUUAAUGUUGUAUUGAAGAAGAAACGGCGCUAG